AGCAGCAUUCUCUUCUCCUCUCGAGUUAGACUUUGGUUAUCAUAAAGAAAGAACGAAAGAGCGCAAGUCAUCAACAAUGAGCCUACCAUCAACGACGCCCUCACCCGGGCCAGAGUUCAAUGAGAAGAGCCUUGGGGUACCUGAGCGGGACGUGGAGAGGGGACCUUCGGCCGCUACGUCUAGUACUGGUGAUUUGGUAUUGGGGGAUAAGUCGGCUGAAGAGGUCCCUCCGCGAACCGUCAAGGGGGUAUUAUGGGUCCUCGUCGUGAUAUCAAUCCUCUCUUCCACAUUUCUGUUUGCUCUUGACAACACAGUUGUUGCCGAUAUCCAAGCAUCGGUAAUUACCGACUUUGGCGAGAUUGAGAAGCUGAGUUGGCUCGGAAUUGCAUUUGUCCUUGCGGGGUGUGCCACAAUCCUUCCGUGGGGAAAGGCGUACGGAGUCUUCAACGCGAAAUGGCUUUAUAUCCUCGCUGUUUUGAUCUUCGAAAUCGGUAGCGCAGUUUGUGGUGCUGCGCCUAAUAUGAAUGCUCUCAUCGUUGGGAGAGCUGUUGCUGGUCUUGGAGGUUCGGGAAUGUACCUUGGUUCAUUGAAUUUACUGUCAGUCACGACGACUGUUCAUGAGCGGCCAGCGUAUAUCGGCACUACAGGAUUGACAUGGGGUCUCGGAACAGUUCUCGGACCCGUCGUCGGCGGCGCUUUCUCCGAAUCUCCAGCAACCUGGCGCUGGGCAUUUUACAUAAACCUGCUGAUCGGGGCACUCUUUGCCCCCGUCUACCUCAUGCUCCUCCCCUCGGCAGACCCCCAGGCCAACACACCCUUCGGGUCACGUAUUAAACAGCUAGACUGGCUCGGCACUAUCCUAAACAUUGGCUCCUUCGUCUCAUUGAUAAUGGCGAUCAACUUUGGCGGAACACUCUACGAGUGGAACUCCUCCCAGGAAAUCACUUUAUUCGUCGUUGGUGGCGUCCUCAUCAUCGCCUUUGGUGUGACCCAGGCGUACUCGGUCCUCACUACUCCCGCGCAGCGCCUGUUCCCCGGCGAAUUUCUUCGUGAUCCGUUUUUGGUAUUGCUCUUUGCCAUGAUGGCGGCUGCUUCCACCGCAAUCUUCGUGCCAACAUAUUACAUACCGUUAUACUUCCAGUUCGUCAGAGGGGAUACAGCGCUUGAAGCUGCCGUGAGAUUACUACCAUUCAUUAUUAUCAUGGUGGUCUUCUGUAUUGUUAAUGGCGGGGCCAUGUCAAAGACCGGGUAUUACGCCCCCUGGUACCUCUUCGGCGGUGCGAUGGUCCUAAUCGGGGGAUCACUCAUGUACACUGUUGAGGAAACCACGUCUACCACUAAAAUCUACGGAUACACCGUCCUUAUCGGAAUCGGUUCAGGUUCUUACGUGCAGGCAUCUUUCUCCGUCGCUCAGGCUAAGGUCAAGCCAGGACAGUUGGCCUCCGCGGUUGGAUACAUCUCUCUCGCACAGACUGGCGGAAUAGUCAUCGCAUUGGCUAUCUGCGGUAGUGUGUUCUUAAACGAGAGUGUUAAGGGCAUUACACCGUUCUUGGAGGGCGUCCCGACCGCAGCGAUCAAGGGCGCAGUGGCUGGCAGUGGAAGUGAGCUGUUCAUGAGUCUUGAAGGGGAGACAAGAAAGAAUGUCUUGCACGCCAUCAUCAAGGCCAUGGAUAAGAAUUACAUCCUCUUAAUCGUGGCCGGGGCGAUGACGGUUAUUGGGUCGCUUUUUAUGAAGUGGGAGAAACUCUUUUUGGAAGCCGGGCAUGCUGGUUAAGCACAGUAAGAUAUGACUUCUAUACAUAAUGGAAUGUAUAAACACGAUGGAAAGUGGGGUUAUUGGGAUUUGUUGCUGUCCAUUUCUUGGCGUUCUAAUUUGUUUUUUGUUUUUUUUGUAUAAUGAUAGACUGUCGGAGCGAUUAGAGUAUAUGACCACCUGUUUGUAUCCUGCUGUAAUGAAA